AUGCCUCCACCAGCAACGCUCCCCUCCUUGAAGUCGGAGAACAAUGGCCAGGAUCCAAACUCUGUGGUGCUGCCACUAGGGAAUGUCGGCUGGAGUAGAAGCGAACCUUCGAUGGACAGUCUUGACGUGUUCAAAGCGCUAUCUUCAUCUCCAACUGCCCUGCCUGAUUUGCGCCCUACUUGGGCGAAGCAGUCACAAGAUUCAGUAAAUUGUGGAAGUGGCAAAGGAGAGUUUCCUACGCUGUCGACCUCUGCUCAACGGCCCAGCACUUCGCGAAAAACUCGG